AUGUCUGGAAGGCCCGAGGAAGGACUUUACGGCAAUGUGGAGAGUCAAUCGUCCAAUGUCUCGCAGGGAGGUCGGAGGAGAACGAGGUCGGACUUUGAGGGUGACACAGAUUAUUCCUCUACGACUCGUAGAAGAUUGGAGGGAAUACGUCGACCGCAGUGGACCAUGAGCAGCACUGUAGAGGAUAUUCUGCUGGAGGGAAGCACUAACAGGGCCAACACGAAGCUGAACGAUUUCCUCCGGAGCAACUUGGGCGAGGAGUGGGUUGUGAAAAGAAAUGGGAACGUCACGAUGGGGAAUUUUGUUCAGAAUCCCGAGACGUUUAUCAAAAAGAAAGGGUUAUUACACACAAUAAAGACAUCGCCGUCAUACCAAGUGCUGGAGGCUAUUAAUAAGCUUCAUCACGAGGGUGUGUAUUUUCUCUGGCAAUGGAGGGAAUAUGAAGGAAGGGAUACGCUCACUCCUCUUGCAAGUGGAAAGCUAAACGGACUACUCGCUGAGAUACAGAAAGAAGAAAGGCGGGAGGCAGACGAAAGAGCGAAGCGGGAGGAGGAAAAAUUAAUACGAGAGGCGGAAGCAAGAGUGAGGCAGGAGGCAGAGGAAAGGGUAAGACGGCGUGAGGCAGAAAUGAAAUUUACCAUGUCCACUAAUAUCGAAGAUGUGCUUUUUCAAGGAGGAGUCCGCGUCAAGGACAUAAAGCUGAAUGAUUUUCUUCUGCUGGAAAUGGAAGGCAAGGGCAUUGUGGACACCAAUCGGAGUGUUUUGCUGGAGGAGUUUUUUAAUGAACCCACGGAGUAUAUCCACGAUGCGAGAGUACUGAACGGAAUGAAGACAACGGUUCGUUAUUUGAAGAUGGGGAGGGCUGUAAUGAAGGAAGUGGAUAUGGAAAAAGUUGCACGCAUGCUUCACGAGAAAGGUGUUGUCUCUCUCGAACAAUGGAGGAACUAUGAAGGAAAGGAUACGGUCAGUCCUCUUGCAAAGGGAACACUAGACGCUGCUCUUUCUCGGGUGCAGACAUCAACGUCCGUGGUUAAAUCAACGGUGCUGGAGGGAUUGUACGAGUCUGUGUACAAUGCGAGUUGGAGCCAUGUCGUGGAAGUUUCUGGUAGCGAGGGGACGGUAAUGAAGGUGGAAGAGGGGAAACCGAAACAGUCAUGGACGUACAAGGAAGUUGGCGAAACCCGCGAAAAGGAUGACAGUGUGCAGCAAUCCGGUGAAGCACCUCCCGUGUUGAUGGUGCUUACCUCGGACAAGGGAUGGCCGUACUCGUGGGAGGAGGAUGAAUUCAUUCGUGACUGCCACGUGAACUGUGAGGUGGAGCGAGCGUGGCGGAUCGUCGAGCAUUAUCUAAACGAAUGGUUCAUCCCUCACGGUGGGACCAACUUGACGCCUGGGCGGCUUUUGUUGAUUGGGACGCCCGGGAUCGGGAAGUCGAUGAAUGCCGGCUCGUACCUCCUUUACCAGCUGCUGCACUACGAUGUCGAGAAACUCCCUGUGGUUCUGUACGUUAUUGGAAAUGAUGCAUUCUUGUUUGAAAAGACCACCAAGACGGUGACAAAAUACAUGGGUGACUUCAGUAUUGACGAUGUUCUUCGUUCCCUUUCUAUCCCCGGGGUGAAUGCGUAUAUUAUCUACGACGUGGCAAAAGGGGGCCGUAAACCGUAUCAGAUUGCUACUACUCGGGGAUGGGGCAUGAUUGUGCUCUCAUCUCCAAACGAGGACAACUUUGACGCAUGGGAGAAAUACAAGUCACCGAAGCGAAUCAUAAUGAAUUGUCCUGAAAAAGACGAUGUGAAGGCGAUGUGCGUUUGGAUGAAGCGCAAUGAUUCAAGUGUACAAGCUGAGUACUGGAGGAAUAUAAAUGGUCGAAUGGAAGAAGUGGGACCAAUUCUUCGCUACAUCUUUGAUGACAGCAAAUACGAUGGUCGGAUUCAAUCGUGCGGAGAUACUGUUGAUAAACUGAACCGCAUCGAUGCCGAAUAUUACCUUCACUUCGGAACUACGCAAUUGUUGGGUGGUGACAAAGUGUCUCACAAACUUGUGAGGAUCGUCCGAGUACGAGGAGUACACAAUAUUGAAUCGACCUUUAAUGGACUGAUGUCUCCUUAUCUCGGAAAUUUAACAUUAUGCAAAUUGGCGGAGUUAAUGGCGCCGAAUGAUUUUAUUUUACUCAUAUUGGCUAUAAAGGACGAUCUCAUAUCAAAAGUCCUUGAAAAGCAUUCCGUGUUUGCAUUUUUGAGCGAGGCCUUUGUAAAUGCAAUAAUACCGAAACUCAAUGAGCUGAAAAUGAAAAAAAAUAAAGAUGCUCCGCCACAUCUCUGUGCGUUGAGAGUGCAUCCAAAUGAGCGCCCUCUCAAGCCCCUUCCUUUACCGUUACUGGAAAAUUUUGAGAAGAAAAUUGAAAUAGAGUCUCGGGUGCUGUACAAACCGGUGGCCCAAAACUUUCCGCUGUUGGACGCCUUUUUCUUCAUGGAGUCAAAUCCGAAGACCAUGGUUGGGCUGCAGAUUACUACGGCAAGUGAGCACCACACCAUACCCAGCACCGUGAAUCUGUUCAAAGAAAAUAUGGCGAAAUAUUUUAAUGGUUGGGGUGAAUUUUCUCAAGGAUUGUCGUGGGAGAUUAUUUAUAUACAACACGCAGACAGCACGCCGAUGACUGGCUGGCAGAGAUGUGGUCCCGCCAAAACCGAUAAUUUGAGCGACGAUGAAAAAGAAAUUGUGGCGUUCUGGGAGAAGGAGGUACACCAGUACCAAGUUUCUGUAUCAUCCAGAGACUUUAGAAGAAAAGAAGCUCUCCCAAUUGUGGAAGAAGAACAAGAACAGGAAACAGAAUAG